CAAAUAAUGCUGUUUCUCUUUCUUGAGCUUUUAAGGACAAAUUAUGCUUAAUUAAAGGUGUGGGUACCAUUCCAGAAUCAGAAAGAGCUUUAUUGCCAAGUGUGCUUGGACACUCAAGGAAUUGGUCUUAUUGACAGAAGCUUCUAGUGCACAUACAGUUUAAAAAAGUGACAAGGCACAGGUAACAAAAUGUAAAAAAUAAAUAUGUGUGAGACAAUACACAAUUGACAAAAAGGACAUGAGACAGUAUUGUAUGUACAGAUGUGCUAUAUACAGAUUACACGGUGUUAUAAACAAGUUAUGCAGGGGAAUGUGGAUAGCUGAAUAUUAUAUCAACAACAUAUGUUUAACAAAAAUUAGUAUAUAGUUGUGUAUUGCAAAUGUUUUUAUUCUGUGGCAUAUAUUUGUCACAUGACUAAGGGGACUGCAUGGUGUUAAGGUUCCUUUGCUCUUGGGCAGUUAGACCUGAUGCCCAGCAAUAUGAGGCCUGGAGGCACUGGCCCAUCUGUAAUCCAGAACAAUACAUGGAAGCUUUCCAUUAGGGCUUAACAUUGGUGCAGUAGAAAUCAGGCUCCGAUGGUCAACGUAGGAACCACAAGACCAAAUGUGUUACAUAAACUGUUCCAGUCCUCCCUCAUCCUCGGAUUCUCUUCUUUUGAAGAGCGAGCCGGGGUUAAAAGCAAAUGUUUGACCCUUCAAGCACAGAUGGGUAACUCUGAUUAUGCCGUUUCCCGAACCUGAGCUGUUUCAUCUGACCCAGUUCUUCCAAUGCUACACCCUGCUCUUCCCCUAAACGCUCGCUUAUGUUUCCUGUUUGGAAACACAUGCGAAAAACACAAAUAAAUCAGAACCACUGUGCUCGCGAGGAAUCAACCUGAGGAGAAAUGAAGUGUUUUUUUAAGGGGGAGACCCGUUUGCAGAUGUACAUCUGGCCUGGGUGUGCUCCGCUCAGAUCCGCGCCUCAGGGAAUCGCUGUCAUCUUUUAAACACGACCGUGUUUUAUGAUAGCAAGUCUGAGUGAGAGAGGGAGAGUGAGACGGCCAGAGGUGGAGCCAUAUUACGUGGGAAAAUGAAAGAGUUUAGCUUCGAGAACUCGGUCAGCAGAGUCUGAACAUCUGCUGAGCGCGAGUCCACAUGUGGUGAGGGCGCAUCACAUCACGCGUUUCCUGUUAUGCGUCGCGUCGUGCGGUGGUAAAGUUCAGGCACGUUCAGCGGCGGAGUGAAAGCGGCUCGCCGGCCCUCUUUUGCUCUGAUAUGAGGGCAUCGUUAAGCUUCUUUGGCGUGUUUCUUUCUUUUCUCUUUGAUCCUGGCCAUGGGGAGAGAGACAUAUUCAAAUGUGCCAACAAGACCGGCUGUGAUAUUUACUGUUCAGUCUGUGUGGAAUAUGUAUUGAGGCCUCAGCAAUGCUAUGAAUCUCUGGUUUUUCAUUUUUGUCAAACAAAUUUUCUAACGGCGAUGAAUAACAUGACUAGUACAGACUGGUGUUCAUUGGAAAAAGUAAAGAGUGCCUACAACAAUUUCACCCUGUGUACCGAGUCUAUUGCUGACUGUUUCCUGCUUCCGUGGCCAAACCAUUUUGUUGAAGACACGUUUGUGGAUAUCCACGCCACCUAUUUUCAAGAAUGCCCCACAGAAGGGCUGAGAGACCCCCCUCCCAAAAUCGUCCUGGCCUUAGUCAUGACCCCCAUAUGCCUUAUCCCUGUUAUGGUGGUUUUAGUUGUUCUGAAGACCAAAAAUGGGGACAUGAGGAACUAGACAAGAUUCCAAGAAAAAUCUCUUGUUAUUCCUUCUUUGUUUCUUGCUCUUUUGGGAUAGCAUCCCACUUACACCUGAGGAUAAUAUCCUGGCCAAAAACUGACCCACUGAACACCUGAUCAUCUCAAGGUGUGAAUAAAUCAGAACGGAAGAUGCUGUUUGUUCGAGAGGGAUCUAAUGGAACUCAUUAAUGGUUUGAAAACUGUAUUAUCAUUAACUGACAGUUCAUUUACAUUUACUGCCGUUGUGAUUACUAUCACGUCUUCGAAAUGGCACUUUUCUUUUAAAAAAUGACAAUUUUCUGCUUUUAAAUCUAUUGAAAUGUGAAUAGGUUUAAGUAGUGAGACAUAUUGCGUACAUAACCAGAUGAAGACAUCACUGACCGUCCACUUAAUGCACUGUAAGAAAUAUUUUAACCCAUGUGUUUUUGAAAGUAGAUUUUUGUUGAUAGUUUAGUGACAAGAGCUAUUUAGCUGGCUCGGAUCAUAACAAAGCCUUGACACAAGUCAUAAUGAUUGACUUUUUAAAUUUAUUAUGACAACUGUAGAGCAAUUAAAAGUAAAUUAGUCCAUUUGUAUUCAUGAAGGAACAAAGCCAGAUGAAAUAUCGCAUUCCUUUCAACUGGCAGCUUACUGAUUGUUUAUUUAUAUAAGUUAACAGCAAACACAUCUGUGAAGGAAUAAAAGACACUGUUGAGUUGAGAGGGGAGGGACUAAAGGAAUGAUAUUAUAUACUGUAUGUUGUCCUAUUUACUGGCAUCUUUAAUAAUGUUAGAAACUCCACCACAAACUCCUGCAUAGCAUAACUUUAACAUCAUGACUGUAUCAAUGUAGUCACAUGAAUUGCAUUGUGGAUUAUAUUUUGUGUCAUUACUUUGUGUAAAUGGAUUAUUUCAAUUGAAGAGCAGCAAUUUUACAUAUUGUUUGUAUUUGUCGGUUACAAGAUAGCCGAGCCAAUUUUAAUGGCAUUUACUGACUUUUUUAUUUUGUCUGGAGUGUUGUCUGUACCAAGCACUUGCAGAACCACUUUCAAGCCUGUGAAGUAUAAUUGUAUACUUUGUAUAAUUCUAUACCUCUGUUGGAACAAAAUGUUUUUUUACACAAUUAAACCAUGUUUUACCAGCAAUGUUUCACUUUGAUUGUAAUAAAGGUGUUUUUUAUUCAUCUUA